CGUCCAGGCAAUGAACCCCGCAAGAUCGAUAUCCGAGCUUUAGCGAUUUGAUGUGCUAUCGAACUAAAAGACGCCGUCCCACCUCGAAUCACAAUAGCGCACGCGUCCAAGACGCGCUGUGUAUCGUCUGACGGUCAAAUCUUCAAUUGCCGACACCACAAUUGAUUGCGAGGCCGUUUGUAUUUUUUAAGAGCCAGGCUUCCAACCCUGCCGAGGCGGGCAAUCUAGCAGUUGCAAUUCAAUCUUGGUGGCAUUACCAUUGGCUCUUUGGCCACAGUAUUGGGGGUUCAGCUUCUUCUGAGCGACAUUGACGCUGGAGCUCUAUUUAGAGCUAAGGGACACGCAUCAUGGUUACACCACCAGUAAGAAGAGUAGGAUUAAGCUAUCUUGAUUCACCCGAGCCUUUACUCAAAUCGAUCAAGUCCAGGACUGAGGCGAAGACGAAGACGAAGACCACGACUACGACCACGACAACAGAAGCGGCACCGAAACCGAAACCGGAGUCCAGGACUCAGACCAGACGCUCUCAGAUCAAGAUCCCUGAGCCUGUUCCUGACGAGCCUGUUCUUGACGACAUAUUUGCGCCACCACUUGCGUCUAGUGAUUUGGAAGACGAGGGCACGGCUGAAGAUGCAGACAACCUGGAAGCUGAACAGCCUAUUGCUGACAGCUCGGAUUCAGAUGAUGCUCCGCCCCGAGGAGCUAUCUCGUCAACCACUUUCACCUCCCAAAGCCAAAAGGGUGGGCGGCAAACUCGUCGGUCAACACUGAAAGAGGGAUCGAAGCUAAAGGAAGAGCCCGAAGAGUCGCAAUCAACGGCCAAGAAGAGGAAGCGCCCAUCCGAUGGCUCCCCCGAAAAGAGUAAACCAAAGAAAAAUGCACUCCCCAAAACGGAUCCGACUGCAGAGCCUCUGAAUAUGGCCAAUCACCUCUUAAAUGCCCAGGGCUUUACCAAGCAAUCCAAGGUAAAAAACACGUUUGGGAAAAAAAGCCUCCUUGCUCAGGUAGCCCGGCUACCAAAAGGCCUAGAAGAGCCGUCCACGCCUGUCAAGUUCAAGAAGCCUCCCGAGUACGGCACCAACACGCCCCGACAGAGCUGGAAGUUUCUUGUGCCAGAUUCUGUUGGCGCCGAUUCUCCGAUCAAAAGGACCCGCCGAUUAAAUAUGGUUGAGCCUAUUCUAUACGAGAACGAGGAUGAGGAUCCUGAUGAAGACGACGAAGAGGACGAUGAUACCGUGACUUACAGCCAACCAGGAUCCUUUACGGGAGGUGCCGAACGUGCUACAAAAGACAAAGCGAAACCGAAGCGAAAAAAACCCAACCCUUUGCGCUCAAGAAAGUCAACUGCGGUAAAGGGUGAGCCUGAAGAAGAUGCAGC